GCGCGAGUCAAAGUACAACCUGCUGUCAACAAAGACGAAGGCUACGAGGUCAAAGUGGUGUCCUACAACCUUUACUGGUGGAACGUGCAGCAGAACAACCGAUGGUCGAAUUUGCAUAGCCGGAUCCGACAGCAGCUGCCGUUUGACUUGAUAGGCUUCCAGGAAUGCGAAGAUGUGGAAAAGACUGUGCGAAGUGCAGGUCUGACCGACAUGGACUUCUACCAAGGUCCUAGCAAGCCUAAAUUCAACCCAGCGCCGAUUGCUUG